AUGGCUUCGACUUCCAGGCUUUCCAAAUUUAUAUAUCGAUCUUCCUUCAACGUUUUAUUCAAAAAUAAUUUCCCAAAGGGUAACAUUACACCCCAACCUCAACCAGGGCUAUUUUGCAGUAAAUUUUCACAAAGUACAAGAUUUAUUACAACCUCACGUUCAUUAUUUUCAGCCGAAAAGGGAGUAAAUGAAUUAAAGUCCGAUAAAUCAGAAGGAAGUGUGUCUGCAGAUUUAAGUAAAGGAAAGCAUUUUAGUCACAUCAGUGAAACCUUUUCACAGGGGAAAUAUAAAGGAGCUGGAUUGCCGAAACCAGUGGGCCCACCAGACGAUUUGCCAUCAAUUGAAUUCGGAAAGCCCACGGGAAUGUACAACUUCGUCAGACACCAACACGGAGAUCCCAGAGGACACCUGAAGGAGGACGGAAGAUUUAACGAAAAGUACGCAACUGACGGGUUUCACUGGUACGACGCAUACACAGACGUGCCGAAGCAGAAGAGAACAAUAGUCAACGGAGAGGCGAUGAUCAUGGGAGUGGAAACGAGACCGAUGGAGGAGCUGUUCGGACUAGAACAAACAAAUGUGCCGCUGUACCAUAGAAGGAAGUUCCUGACAUGGUCGAACCACUCGUACAUCCUGAGGGCGGAGUUCUGCUUUUUCUGGAUACCAACGUUCAUUAUAUUCAGCCUGGCCUUGCCAUGCUAUACAAUGCUCUACAUGAUGGACGAAGCAGUGUACACAACAAUGACAGUAAAAGUAAUAGGACAUCAGUGGUACUGGGUAUACGAAGUUGAAUCUCCACCAGCGGAAUGA